AUGGCGGCGUCCUUGGCAGAGACGGCACUCCCGAGUCAGGAAGAGAUCAUCACGCUUGGGCUGGCCACGGCAGUGGGGCCCAUCGCCGCCUGGGCCGGCCUCGCGGAGGAGUCCAUGGCGCAGUUGUCCGAGGUCUUGGGGUUCAGCUCUGUGCAGGACUUCAAGCAGGCACCGCCGCGCCUGCUGGCUGCGUGCCCGCCGGAUGCAUUCGAGGAGGCGCUCAAGGAGAUGGGCGCCUCGUUCCUCUCCAAGACUGGCGCGCGCCUUAUCUACAAGGUUGCGGUGGCGCUGUGCACGGCCAAGGUCUCUUCGGAGGCCAGGCCGACCGAGGGGGCGACGACCAUCAACGCGAAGAAGAAGCUGAAGCUCGCGCACCUCAUCGACAGCACGGACGACACGGAGAUCAAUGCGCCCGAGACGGACCAGGUGACACAAUGGUUCGAGAACUACGCGGAGCUCAGGCACGGGGAGCCGCUCGAGCACCACGAGCCGACCCCGGACCAGAUCGCAGCGCUCCACACCCGCGUUGUGGAGCUGAAGGCGGAGCCGUACGCGGACUUCUCGCUGCUCACCCCCUACGGCCGCCGCGUGGCCAAGAUCCUCCGCCACCGGAGCUGGUUCCUCCAGGAGGACGGCUCGUACAAAGCCAUGGAGGUACCAGGGCCCGCGAGCUUCGAGGUCUGGGAGAAGUGCUUCGACGUCUACGAGGUCAUCCUCCUCAUGCUCCGCUUUCCGCCGGCUGCGGAUGGCGACGGCCGCCCGCAGGUCGUGCUUACGCCAAUCGCGAUCGACGCCUACCGGGAGGCCUUCAAGCAGCUGUGCAAGGAGCACCCGGAGUGUUGGCACCUCUGCCAGCGCGCCGAGGACCGCUGCCGGGCGGAGCACUUCGCCAGGGUAGCGCGCAAGCUCCGGGACAAACACCGGCGCAAGCCUACUUGGAGCGAGGUUUUCCAGGAGGCUGCCUUGGACGACCGCUACUGGGACCGCGAAGUGCGGCAGCCGGUGCUGGGGUUUCUCGCCAGGAACAAACGCCCUCAGACGGACGGCGACGACGCUAUUUCAGCAGCGUCGCAGGAGCCCCCCGCGAAAAAGACGGUCUCCCAGAAGCGCCGGGAGAGGAAGCAGAAGCUGGUGGAGGCUGGGAGCGAGAGCAAUCCAUCGAAGGGCGGCAAGGGCGAGACACACCCCAGGAAGGACAAGCAGGGCCGAUACAUCACGACGCGGGAGGGGCAGGAGAUCUGCUUCAAGUACGCGAGCGGCGGCUUCGACAAAGGGGGGUGCACGGAAACAUGCCCAUCCAAGCGGGCUCAUGUCUGCCAGUGGUGCCUCCAGCCGCACUCCAACGGCAGUUGCCCGAUCAAGAAAGUCAAGGGGCACGAGAACCAGGUGGAGGUCAAGGGCGAGGAGGUCUACGUAGCGAAGCAGCAGGAGGAGGAAGCACAGCGAGCAGACCCAGAGGAACAAGAGGAUGUGCACGAGGAGAGCCACCGGGUCGGGGACUCGGAGGGCGCCGAGGCCGGGAGCGAGAGGAACCAGGUCGUCACCGACAGCGCUGCCCAACGUGCGGGGCAGACCAGAGCUGCCAGACGCCCGCCGGAUGGCGUGGCGCUUCCGGAGCCGAAGGCUGCCAGGGAGGCUGCAAACAAUGCAGCCCUUGGUGGGCUCCGAAACCCCAACCGGGCAGUCGCCAGAUCUGUCGGGCUCAGGCGGACGGGCGCUCGGAUCCGGAAGGUCCUCGACGAGGUGCCAGACCGCUCCUCGUUCAAAGAGGGCAUCAUUUCGGUCAUCGAACAGAUGGGCACGGACCAGUGCAGGGGCUUCAGCCUGGAGGCCGUCGAGUUCACCCAGGAGGCGCUCCGGAAGAAGUUCGGGGCUCCGCGUCCGGACCCUGGCACCGUCUUCGACCACCAGCUAUGGAAAUCGCUGCUGGGCGCGGCGGGGGAUCCAGAGACGGAAGUUCCGGGCUGGCUCCGGCACGGUUGCCCGACCGGCAUUGGAGAGUCGGAGGUUCGCACGUGCGGCAUUUUCCCGCCAGUGGACCAUGCCAGCGCAGCCAUAGAGAAGGCCAGGCAGUUUGCAGCCCUCCGGGUCGCGCAGCAGUGGAGGCACGACCUCCGCAAUAAUUACGCCAGUUUCUACGCCGACGGCGGCGCUCUGGCUGAGCAGGAGGUCCAGCGCAUCGAGCAGCGCGGCUACAUCGAGAUCAUCCGCGACUGGGACGAGGUACGCAGCAGGUGGCCGGACGCGACGGCGAGCAAAGUUGCGCUUCUCGUCAAGACGCGGGAGGACGGAUCGACAAAGGCCCGCAUCAUCAUCGAUCUCCUGCGUUCCGGGGUCAGCGGCGGAGUCGUCCUCCAAGAGCGUGUGGUUCUGCCCCGCUUGUCGGACCUCACGGCCGCUGUUCUCGACCUCGUGGAGAUCGACGUCAGGGCCGACUGGCACCCGGACGAGGAUUGGUACGAGCUGUGCACGGUGGACUUCGAGGACGCCUUCCACACCCUAUCGCUCCGAGCAGCCGACCGGGGGAAGAUGGUCUUCAAGACGGCGGCUGGCUGGGCAGUCUUCCGCCGCCUGUGCUGCGGGCUGGGCCAGGCGAUGUUCCAACCGCACGAGCUCAGAAUCCAGCGCUUUGUGGACGACCCCGCGAUCUGCACUCGCGGCCCCCCGCACCAGCGGAAGUGGCUCCUGGGCGCGCUCCUCCUGUUCUGGGCCGCGCUUGGUUUCAGGCUCAACUGGAAGAAGGCCGUUCGCGGGCAGGCCGUGCCCUGGAUCGGGGCACAAUUGGAGCUCCAGCGCCGGUGGUGUCAGAAGUGCCGCUGGCACGCGCGGGGCAUCCAGGUCACGCUGGCUCCGAAAAAGUGCCGGGAGAUCGUCGAGGCCGUCGACGCGAUCCACCGCUCGACGGGCGUCGUUCAUGUCAAGGAGGUUCGCAAGCUCGCCUGCCAGCUCUCGUGGGCCAGCGGUCUACUUCCUUGGCUCCGCGGGUUCAGCGCCUGCCUGUGGGCGGCGUUGGCGGCGCACGACCAGGAGCAUAAUGCGCGGGCCCUGAGGUUCUCGGCCAAGAAGCGGCCCGGCCAGCUCUUCUUUCUACUGCGAAUCCAGCAGGCGAUCACUUGGAUCCGUUUGCUGUUUGCCGGGCUCAUCCGGGAUCGCGAUGGCAAGCCGAUCGCAGUCCAAAGAUGGACUAUUGCGACAACCCGCCUAGCCGACCUGUCGGCGUGCAUCCGCACCGACGCGCCCCCGCACGGGUUCGGCGCGAUCUUGUUCGUCGAUGGGGCACCGCGCGCCUGGAUCGCCGAGGAGUGGGCGGACGCGGACCUCGAGCUGCUCCACGCAGACCGCGGGGGCCCAGCGUGGCAGGCCGAGUGGGAGUUGCUCGCGCUCCUGGUUGCCGUGGGUUGCUGGCUGCCGCGCCUCAAGGACGAGGCGCUCGCGCUGCUCCAGACGGACGCCACCGCGGCCCUCUUCAGCGCAGCCAGGCUGGCCGGCAGAACGCCGCACAUGAACGCCCUCGCGGCGGAGUUGGCGCUACGGUUCGAGAGCGCGAAUGUCCACGUCAGCCUGGAGCACGUCGCGGGCACGCUGAACUUCGAGUGCGACGCGCUGAGCCGGAUUUCGCAGGGCGCGGAGAUUCCGCGCUCGCUGAGGGCGGCCGUGCUGGAGGGCGCGGCGAAUGGCACAGGAGGCGCAGAAGGCGUUGGCCCGGCCGCCCGCGCUGCGUCGCCGGCGUCGGCGAGGGCCGGCUCUGCGGCCGCAUCGGGCGCGCAUCGUGCGCCUCGUAAGAGCAGGAAGGAUUUCCCAGACGUCAGGGCGACAAAACGCCCCUGCAGAGCAGAGGUGCUCGCGGCCGCCUCCACGAUCAAAGGACAGGAGGAGGUCCUCGCCAGGCUCCUGCAGGACACGUCAGCGGCCAGCAGCAAGCUUACCGCCGACUCGCCGUGGGCAACCUGGUCGGUAUUUCACCAGGCUUGGUUUGGCGAAGCGACGCCGCCCCUCCCGCUGAGCGCGGAGACGGUCUACGCUGUCGCCGCUUGCUUCAAGCAGGGGGGCCACCGGGGGUUCCCUGCAUGCAUGGCCAAGGCUAAGGCCCACGCCCUCGCCGGCUGGCCGUGGGAUGAGCAGCUGGACCUUGCUCGGCGGAAGGCCACGGCAUCGGUCCUCCGGGGCCUGGGCGUCGCGAGACAGUCAGCGCCCUUCGACCUCAACGCGGCGGUCGCGGCGGCGCGCGAGGGCAGCGCCCACCUGGGGCCGCUCGCGCCCGUGGGGUGGGUGAACUUCCUCAUCGUCGCCUCCAUCUCUGUCGCGCGGGAGAUCGAGGCGGCGUUUGCCAAGGUCGGCCACGUGGCCCUCAACAGGGCCGAACGCGAGGUCAGCCUCAGGCCCCCAGUCUCCAAAAGGGACCCGCGGGCCGCCGGCUGCGCGAGAACAUGGGGUUGCACGUGCGCGAGCCGGCUGUCUCGUGAGUUGUGCCCGCAUUGCGCGGCAGAUGCGCAGUUGGGCAUGCUCCGGGACAUGUUCGGCCCAAGCUUCGAUGACGACUUGCCGCUCUUCCCGGCCCGCGCUGGCGGGGUCUGCCUGAAGGCCAACGUCGUGGCGGCGCUCGAGGUCACCGCUGCGGCUUGCGGAGGGCUGGAGGUGCGCAUGAUCACGCUGCGUGCGCGGUGGGCUGGCGACACCGUUCCCCGCUAUAUCCGCGAGGCGCCCUUGGAGAAUCUUCCCGCGGAGGUGAUCGCUCUCGAGGAGAAGCGCUCGCUCAUCGAGCCCCUCGCCGCGGCGCAGGACGACGUGAUCAAGGUUGGCGACCAGGUGGCUGCCCAGAAGCAGGACGUCGCGGACGCGCUGGCCGCCCUGCGUGAGCGGCUCGCCAAACUCGACGCCGGCUCCGCCAAGCCAUGCGUCAGCGGUGGAGGCUCGAGGAGGUUCCGGGCCCACGAGGUCGCAGUGGAGGGGCUCGAUGUCCCCCCGCAGCUGUGGAUGACCAAAUGCGGCGUCAGGUUCGCCCACUGGUGCUUCACGAAGCACGCCUCCUUGGAGACCUUUCCAGAG